AUGGCCUUUUCCUCAACCCUUCCCAUACCCACAGGGUCUACCGUGGACGUCUCAAUUAUUGAUGGGGGUCGAAUAACAAUGCCUACUGCGUAUGUGCUCAGCAACCAGCUUCCAGGUCAUGACGUGCUCGAGAUGCCUUGCUACAGCUUCUUGAUCGAGAACAAGAAAAGUGGAAAGAAGGUCCUAUUUGAUCUAGGGCUCAUGAAGGCUUGGAGGGAGAAGGAGCCUCCUGCCAUCCAUAGUCAGAUUGAGUCCGCUCAGGCUAAAUUGGAGGUCCAGCAUGAUGUCUCCGAUCAGCUACGUGAUGCUGGCAUUCCCCUAGAAUCAAUAAAUGCAAUUAUCUGGUCCCAUCAUCAUCUUGAUCAUACGGGGGACCCCUCCCUUUUCCCCUCCUCUACGUCCCUUGUGCUGGGUCCCGGUUUUAAGAAGAACAAUAUUACCUUUCCUGGCUAUCCUGAGAAUCCCGAUUCUUUGAUUGACGGCGAAGCAUUCAAGGGACGAGAACUUAUCGAACUUGACUUCUCCAACAGCCUGAAUAUCGGUGGAUUUCCGGCCAUAGACUUUUUCGGGGACGGUAGCUUCUAUAUUUUGCAGUCAGAGGGCCACACCCAUGAACAUAUGAGUGCUCUAGCUCGCACUUCUCAAGAUCAUUACAUCUUUCUCGCUGGCGAUAUUGCCCAUUAUCCGGGUGAGUAUCGUCCGUCACAAUAUCUACCUCUUCCGACAGAGAUCAGUCCAUCACCACUAGACCACAAGUUGCAACCCACGUCUAUCUGUCCUGCAUCAGUCUUUGAAAAGAUCCACCCCAGCGCGGCGAUAGCUGGGCAUUGCCGAACCACUCCCUUUUACCAGCUACCAGAGUUUGGGUGUGUGGACCUACAAAAGGCUCGAAAUUCGCUUGAUAAUAUGGAGGCCCUAGAUGGAUCCGCCAAGGUAUUUGUUAUCAUUGCGCAUGAUGCUAGUUUAUUGGAUGUUGUGCCUUUCUUCCCGAAGAAAAUAAGCGACUGGAAUAUGCAAGCGUACAAGAGACUCGGCGCUUGGAGAUUUCUGAAAGACCUUGUCAAGAAAGUUAACAGAAUUCAAAAUGACGGUGUAUGA